CAAUCACGUGGUUUUAUUUGGAUCCACUUCAUUGUCCGAUGAAACCUACUAUAGCAUAAUAUUGCUCGUAGUUUCAUCGUGUAUGCAUAAAUGCGCGACAAGUAGUUUAUUUAAAACUGUUAGCAUGGUUAUGCCUAGCAUUUUGUUAAUUCGAAAGGGUCUUUCAAUAAACGGUUUUAGAAGUUUAUGGACUUGUAGGGCGUUACUCGCUGAUCAAACGGGAAAUGCUACUGCACACCAAUCGAGUCAGGAACGGAGCAAGGAAAGCGACGAAGAUUACGAUAGAAAUAUCAAAACAAAGAUUCUUAGCGCAUCGUUAAAGUUUGUUAAUGACCUGGGCUGGAGCCAGCAAGCCAUCAGUGCUGGUGCGGAGUCUAUUGGAUAUCCUGGCGUGGUUCAUGGAUUGUUUCCCAAUCGGGGAGCAGAUUUGGUCCAACACUUUUACUCAACAUGUAACAGCGAAUUAAAUCAAAUUCUUAAGGAACAAGCUCUUGCUAUUCAAGAAAAUUCCGAAGAAAGAAAGACGCUUGAAUCACAAGUACGCAAUGCGGUGGAAACGAGACUUCGAAUGGUGAUUCCAUACAAAAAGACAUGGCCACAGGCUUUAGCCCUUAUGGCACUUCCACCCAAUGUACCGAUAUCGCUAGCUAAUUUGCUUACUCUGGUAGACGAUAUUUGUUAUUACGCCGGCGAUAGAUCGGUCGAUAUCAACUGGUACACCAGAAGAGUGGUAUUAGCAGGUAUUUAUAAAACUACCGAGCUGUACAUGUUACAAGACAAUAGCGAAGAUCAUAAACAAACUUGGAAGUUCCUGGAAAGGCGAAUAAAAGAUGCGACACAAAUUCAUACAGUUCUUACAACAACCUCCGAUAUAGCCCUGCCAGAUCAAGCUUUGAAUCGCGCCACCGAAGCAGCUAACGCUGCCUUCGUUACGGCACGUAAUAUACUCGGAUUGAAUUGGAAUAGGUAAACGAAAUUUUAUGAUGGAACAGAAAUAGAUAAUAGACUGUUUAUAGAAAAAAAAAAAGCAAUUAAAGUAUUUUACUUGAAUUUAUUCACUACGAGUCAUGGUAACAAUUAAGAGAACAAUGAAUUUUAAG